GGACGUCACCGACAGAAGGGUCAGAGGGCGACGGUGAGGUCAACGACCAGAGUGAGAGACUGGAGCAAGAAACGUUGGCAAUUGGACCCAACAUGGAGGGGUACGGCUACGAACACUUUGGGGUGGACGCAGAGCGGGACAGCCACCAGAUGGACUACCGGAGGAUCGUAGGGGACACUGAGCUACCCCGGCCCAGCUCCAACCCCAACUCCUCACCCCAAGACGGGGAUCACCUCUUCCGCCUCAGCCCCCAUGGGCAUGGGCACGGACACGGGCAUGGGCAUGAGACAGCCGCCCAGCGAUACAGCGCCACCCGCAUCCAGGCUGGCUUUGGCCCCGAGAGGUGAGUCAGACAAAGACAGAUUAUAUAUGGUUACUAGAGUAUUAUUUAGUGAAAUAAACUGCCAUCCAUUAGAAAAGAACAACAUAAGAGUGAAGGGCCAGGCAAAGUAGAUUUUUAACUGUGGACCUGACUUGUGCUGAAAUAAACUAAAGAAAAAAAGGGAGUAAACCAGAUUACAUUUACAUUUACGUCAUUUAGCAGACGCUCUUAUCCAGAGCGACUUGCAGUUAGUGAGUGCAUACAUUAUAUAUAUUUUUUAUACCCCCCGUGGGAAUCGAACCCACAAUCCUGCUCUACCAACUGAGCUACAUCCCUGCCGGCCAUUCCCUCCCCUACCCUGGACGACGCUGGGCCAAUUGUGCGCCGCCCCAUGGGUCACCCGGUCGCGGCCGGCUACGACAGAGCCUGGAUUCGAACCAGGAUCUCUAGUGGCACAGCUAGCACUGGCACACACAAAUAUAUUCAAUUUGUUUGGAGUGGACAAGAUAACAUUCUUCAACACAAAGCAAUACACUGAGUGUACAAAACAUUAGGAACACCUUCCUAAUAUUGAGUUGCACCCCCUUUUGCCCUCAGAACAGCCUCAAUUCGUCGGGGCAUGGACUCUACAAGGUGUCGAAAGCGUCCCACAGGGAUGCUGGCCUACGUUGACUCCAAUGCUUCCCACAAUUCUGUCAAGUUGGCUGGAUGUCCUUUGGGUGGUGGACCAUUCUUUAUACACACAGGAAACAGUUGAGUUUAAAAACCCAGCAGCGUUGCAGUUCUUGAGACACUCAAACCGGUGGCCUCGCACCUACUACCAUACCCCGUUCAAAGGUGCUUAAAUAUUUUGUCUUGCCCAUUCACCCUCUGAAUUGCACUCAUACAUAAUCAAUGUCUCAAUUGUCUCAAGGCUUGAAAAUCCAUCUUUAACCUGUCUCCUCCCCUUCAUCUACACUGAUUGAAGCAAAUGAAAUAGGUGACAUCAAUAAGGGAUCAUAGCUUUCACCUGGUCAGUCUAUGUCAUGGUAAGAGCAUAUGUUCCGAAUGUUUUGUAUACUGUGUAUAUUUGACUUGUGGGGCAUACAAGCUUUAGCAUUAGUUCCUCCCACUUCUUUUGACUACUUUUCAUAACUCUGCUUUCACCAUGGUUAAACUAUGUAAAUACAGCCUAUUGACUAGUAUCAGUUUACACUGCCACAUAGCCCUGUGUUUAGUCUGGCUUGCAAAUAACAAUGAAGUUAAAUCUCCUUGUUAGCCCAUAAUGAAGCUCUAGGAUGCCUGUGUCUUACUGUAUAUGGAAACAUGGUUUAUGGCGAGCCAUUCCGAGGGCGGCCCCUAAACAAAUUGAAAAGCUAUGAUUCAGUGGCUUACUCUGAUGCCAAAACAACAGAAACUGCCUCUUGAGUCCUCAAGGCUAUUUUCUGAGUGGCAGGUCCCACUUAUGCCGUGCAGCUAGGGCAGCAGGUGGAGACCUUAAGGGGAUCGGGUUUGAAUCAAUGCUUGAAAUAGCCACUGGCUGGGUAUAGAGGAAUCUCUGACCCAUAUUGUGGAUGACCCACAUUUAACGCGAUGAACUCACACACAGACACCGUAUCCCGCCAGAUCACCUUGGUACUUGUCAAGGCUGGGAAGGUCCUCUGUGCUUUCCUUAGUACUGCAGGAGGAGCUCCUAGAAUAGUGCCACAUGGAGAAUAGGCCAGGGGCCUAUAGCUUGGGCCAGACUGAGCCCAUAUACAGUCCCAUGAUAAGUGUACAUGGGGCGAAUACAAAUUCUGUCUUAAUGCAGGGUGGAUCACUAGUCACCAUUACAAAUGCAUUCGGUUUUAUUUGCUCUGAAUAUCUGUGUGUUGGUUUAGUGCACACAGUUACAACAGUCUCAUGCCAUUGCAUGCACAGGAUCAGGAGUGCAUGGGUUAGAAUUCCCCACUCUCCAGGAAACGUAAAGAUGCUGUGAGAAUGAAGAACAAAGCUUGCUUUAUUGCGACAUUGCUGGCGUGAUGGCAGGUUGCAAUUGUCUGUCAGGGACUACUGUCAGCCACUGAUGGUGUUGACGGCUUGGUGACAAGAGCUGUGUGCUGUCCGUCCUCCUUUUACAAAAGUGUGUGUUUGUGAGGGAGUUCCACUUCAUCUGUGUGUGUGCGUGUGUGCAAGAGAGAGAGAGAAGGUAGACUAGGAGUCUGAGUGUUUAUUGAGUGUGUGUGUGUGUGUUUAUGUUACUAAUUUUGGCUAAUGGAGGAAGCCCAUUAUCCCUUCCAUCUUAUCAUAAACACUGGACUUUUCUCUUCAAAGCCUAGAAGUUUCAAUCUGAGCUUUACAACGCUCCUCUUUGGCAUGACUUUGCCCUUUAGCAAGAUGGCAUCUAGUGUUAUAGUGGAGAACGCUCCAUUUCCCAACCCACAACCAUCACAGAAAUGGGCGAGUGGAACUGUUCGGUACGCAAUGCUUGUAGAUUCACAGGUCAACAUACAAUACAAUAGGCCAGGCCUACAGUGAAUUCAGUCUGAUUUUCCCAAAUCUGUCAGCUUGAACGCCAAUGGUCUAUUGGCUUUUCUGCUUUUAUUAUCUGACAGUUUUAAACAGUCUGUUCUAUAUGUGAAAGUGAAAGUCUGAGACCAUGAUACAUAAGAUAAGAGGGAGGGUAUGAGGUUCAAUUAUGGUCAAUGUGUAGCCUCACCUACUAUAAAUGUUUAAAACAUUAUCUAUGCUACUUAAGGAGGUAUGUAGCCUGGCUGGCUCUACUGAUCAGUUGAGAUCAAUCUAGACUAGAGAAUGCCACUGUUACUAAUUUAGUAACUAGUUGCAUGUGACUUAUAAAUCUGACAGUAGUGCUGUUCAAUUUAAUGCCCCCAAACUUUGCACCUCACUGAACCAUCUGAGAAUAGUUGAUGUGUGAGUUUUGGAAAAAUACAAAAGUCACAUUAGAUUGAUAAGUAGAUAAGCAUUAUAAAAGUAGAUUACUACACAUUUGAAUGAUUACGAUUCUUGCUUGAUCCUGAUAAUAGAAGCCCAAGGACUAAUAUUCCAAAAACAGAUGGUAGGAGGCUUGGGCCUGCUGCCUAUGUGGUUAUUUGUGGGUUAUAAAAUGAUAAUAUACGGACAUUGGGACUGUCAGACUAUAGUGCAGAUUUCCCUGAAUAGCCUAAAUGCAUGAUUUUCUCCUCUAAAAUAUGUAUGGUCUGCACUCUGCAGUGCAGAUAUUAGGUAUAUUACAUAAAUUACACGGACAUAACAAUCUCACAAACCUGCAAAAUCUGUAAUUGAGUUGAGGAUUUUACCCUCAUGUUUUCGAAUUCAACGAGGGCCCCACGUGGGAGGAGAGGGGAUGUGACGCAUCCAUUUUCGAUGCUUUUGAAAAAAUAUUUUUCUUCAUACCGCGGAUACACUGUAGCAGCGACAGGCUAUCAAAUUUGGACCAGCCUCGCAUCAUCACUUGAGUUUGUAGUAGGGAACUAAUUCAUUUGGGGUGGUUCCCUCCACGAUAGAGAAAGCACACUUUGCUUCCGCUCAUUUUGGACUUGCUAGCUAGCUACAGCUGGAAAGUUCACAUUUCCGAACAUCUUCAACGUGGUCAGAUUCAAGAGGUAGAAAACGGGUUGGAAUAGAUUUUUGGUUUCACAUUUUCUUAACGUAACUAAUAUUAGGGAACUGUAAAUACGACUAAGAGCGUGGUGAGGUGGCUAAUGGCAUAUAAUACAGAUCAUCUUCAGUAAUGAGUUGAAACAUGUUAGCUAGCCGGCUACCGUUAGCUGACACAUGCUCCUGCUGAAUAGCGCACGCACUCUGAUCAUUUUGACCUGCGUUGGCAAGGAAUUAGAUGGCUAAUAUAUAGUGCAGCUAUUAUGACAAAAUACAUUGCAAACGAUAUCAUGCUAAAGACAAAUGAUAUGAUGGAUGGAAAACUAUAAAUACUUAGGCUGAUUACAGUUGGCUAGAUUCGUCAUGAAUAGUUAAUAUAGGCAGGUUUUAUUCUCCCCGCAUGUGUUGUGUGCUCGAGGCAUUGUUAGGUGCUCAACCGUACAGUAGCCUGUUAGUAAGAGCUAGCUACGGUAUUGGCAGGCAUUACCCACCGCUGCCUUUCAGCAGCUAUCCAGAACACUGUGUAGGUAGUCUGGAUAAAUAUGUGCUCGAAGGAAAUGUUUUUGCUUAACGUGUCAUUGAUUAACAUGACAUUACUUUUUAGCUCAUAGUGUCGCUUGAUGGGUGUUUUGUUUGCAUGGACAGCCACCACAAGCAAUAGAGAGAACGUUAGUGUGCUCACUUUUCCUGGUGUUUAUCAAAUCUUAGGUCACCCAGACAGUAAAUUGUUUUAAAAAAUAAUAUAUAUAUAUAUAUAUAUAUAUAUAUAUAUAUAAAUCAAACACCGACAUUUUUUUCAAGCAACGUGUUUUAUUUAAACAUGUAGCUAACGUUAGUGCUGCUGCUAUUUUUGGCAUGGAUAUUUACACAACAGUACAUGAAAGGGUUAAUUUCGUAAGGCUAUAUUUUGCCAGCAUUCCCCCUCUAAUAGAAAACAUUCUUAUAAAUGUUAGUGGGUCAUCCACAUUUUGAAAUCACAUAGUCAUUAGUACUCAGCGAUUUGUGCUUUUGAGGUCGGUUCGGUUUCAGUUUUAUUAUAAUUGUGUUUGUUUUCGAUUUCGGGUUCGAUAGUAAAAAAAAUUAUAAAUGCAUUCUGUGGGUUGAAUGCUGUGUCACAGAAUAACACGUUUAAUACAAUUCCCAUGAUGGUAGUGACUGCCGAUUACUGCUUAUCACUUAUUAACCAUAAUUUAUUCACAUUACUUUAGUUACUUAAGUUUUGUAUAUUACAUUUGUUUUAUUUGAUGACUUUAUUAUUUAAUUCUAAGUCAUCAUCUCUAUAGAGCUGCUGUCUGACAAAAUCACUAUUUUAGUAGUUCUUCAAUGUAAACAAGGCAUACUUUUAUGACUGCUGAAUACCAACUAUCAAUCAGUUAGAUCAUGUAUUUUCAGUUAGAGAUACACUAUAUAUACAAAAGUAUUAGUGGAUUCAGAUAUUUCAGCCACACCCGUUGUUGACAGGUGUAUAAAAUCGAGCACACAGCCAUGAUAAUCCAUAGACAAACAUUGGCAGUAGAAUGGCCUUAAUGAAGAGCUCAGUGACUUUCAACGUGGCACCUUCAUAGGAUGCCACCUUUCCAACAAGUCAGUUCGUCAAGUUUCUGCCCUGCUAAAGCUGCCCCGGUCAACUGUAAGUGCUGUUAUUGUGAAGUGGAAACGUCUAGGAACAACAACGGCUCAGCCGUGAAAUGGUAGGCCACACAAGCUCACAGAACGGGACUGCUGAAGUGCAUAGCGAAUAAAAAUUGUCUGUCCUCGAUACAACACACCCUACCGAGUUCCAAACUGCCUCUGGAAGCAAUGUCAGCACAAGAACUGUUCGUCAGGGAGAUUCAUGAAAUGGGUUUCCAUGGCCGAGCAGCCGCACACAAGCCUAAGAUCACCAUGCGCAAUGCUAAGUGUCGGCUGGAGUGGUGUAAAGCUUGCCGCCAUUGGACUCUGGAGCAGUGGAAACAUGUUUUCUGGAGUGAUGAAUCAUGCUUCACCAUCUGGCAGUCCGACUGACGAAUCUGGAUUUGGCAGAUGCCAGGAGAAGGCUACCUGCCCGAAUGCAUAGUGCCAACUGUAAAGUUUGGUGGAGGAGGAAUAAUGGUCUGGGGCUGUUUGUCAUGAGUGGAGGCUGUUAUAGCAGCAAAGGGGGGGGGUGGGGGGGGCAACAUCCAUAACUUAACUGCUCCCAUGCUGUUUGAUUUGUAGAGGUAAAAAAGAUGGUUGAUGCAGAAAUGGUUGGUCCCCGUAAACUAUUUGGCCAUGUGGGAUGUACUUACUACAAGUCAAACGUCGCUACUCGCUUCAAUCGCCUGUUUACAUUGUCUAUUUAGCAGACGCUCUUAUCCAGAGCGACUUACAGUUAGUGAGUGCAUACAUUAUUAUUAUAUAUAUUUUUUUUCAUACUGGCCCCCUGUGGGAAUUGAACCCACAACCCUGGCGUUGCAAACGCCAUGCUCUACCAACUGAGCUACAUCCCUGCCGGCCAUUCCCUCCCCUACCCUGGACGACGCUGGGCCAAUUCUGCGCCGCCUCAUGGGUCUCCCGGUCGCGGCCGGCUACAACAGAGCCUGGAUGAACGUAGUGCCUCGUUUAAUACAGUCCCGUGUAGUUGGUAGAGCAUGGCGCUUGCAACGCCAGGGUUGCGGGUUCGAUUCCCACGGGGGGCCAGUAUGUAAAAUGUAUGCACUCACUAACUGUAAGUCGCUCUGGAUAGGAGCGUCUGCUAAAUGACUAAAAUGUAAAUGUGAAAUGUUUAACAAACGAAAAAUAACUGACGUUUGGGUUAAUUACUCAGCACUAAUAGUCAUUCACAGGCUCAAAGCGUCGUCACCCUUUAACCUUUAAUCUGUUUAUGGCUAAUUAUAUUUGAAAAUGCAUCGAAUGUUACACUUUAUGAAGCGAUGGCUACAAUCUAAUGCCAGCUUGUCAUCCUUUUCAUUUGACAGCAUGGCUGAUUACCUGAUCAGUGGUGGUACUGGCUACGUCCCAGAAGAUGGACUCUCCGCACAACAGCUUUUCUCCGUCGGAGACGGUCUCACUUACAAGUAAGUUCAGUUCAACCACAAUACAAAUGCCAAAUAGAACCGUGUUGUUCAAGUAAGCUCUCGAACUGUCCAAAACUAAGCGCAAGCGAUGAUGGACGAGAUACGGGCGGCUCAUUGUAAUGACGGCCAACACGUUUUGAAUCGCAGAUCUGCUCAACAACAGUCUGUUGUCGCCGACGGUCAAACGGCAGAAGAGCUAUGCUCUAAAGGCGACGGGUUGACUUACAAGUGAGUAAAACGGUUGACUUUUCAACCAUUUUGACACUAUAUAUACUAUACUGUAAAAUCCUCUUGUCUCUCCAAAUGAUGAGUUCAUAUAGGGGAAGCAAAUGGUUGUCCCAUAAAAAUAACUUGUUGAUGAAUUUGGCCAAAGUAAACAACCACAGUCGCCACCAAUUGUAUUAUUUAAUUGAGUUUUUAGCUGGCUGAGAAAAACACUGAUCUAUAUGGAUGAAUGAGUAGGACAGGGGUGGUGGGGGUUGAUUGCUUAACCUGAUCUGCACCAUAGGAUGAUAUUUGCUUCCGGUAAUGAUAUGACUGCAUCUUUAACUGCUCCGAAGAAUCAUAGUGCAUGAACUGCUAUUUGAUUCUUUGAGACACUCAAUCACUAUCUAAUCUAUCUAGUAAUGAAAUCUGACUGCACUCAUAUCCUAAGGCGAUGCCCUUUCUUCAUCUGCUCUACAUAACUUUUGAAGAUGAACUCAUCACUCAUUUCAUAUUGUCUUGAAUAUCCCUCAAUUCACUUUCACUCUGUGUAAAACUAACUUGAUUUCAACAAGCAAAGCAUUGGGCUGCCCCAAGAUGACAGAUGGUCAUAUUGGUCAUUGCAUUGGAAUGUUACCACAGCGAGCCACUUCACUAAUUUCGCCCCUUUGCCCAAGACUGUUGGCCAAAACCCUGUGCAUCGUUUUGCAUCUUAAACAUACCUCUGGCUAGAGGACUUGACAAAAACUGCUAUAAAAUGCUUUCAGCGCCUACUUGUUAAAAUAGAGUAACAUUCACAUCCUUGUGUUGAUGUUGUAGCCUAUGUCUUCUGACUAUAUAUGGUUCCGUCCCAAAUGGUACCCUGUGCCCUACAUAGUGCAUUACUUUUAACCAUAGGAAAUAGGGUGCCAUUUUGUACAUAAUUGAUGUUACAGAUUAAAUGGAUACCCUAGGGCGUCCCGAGUGGCGCAGCAGUCUAAGGCACUGCAUCGCAGUGCUUGAGGCGUCACUUAGGCCCUGGGUUCGAUCCCAGGCUGUCACAGCCGGCUUUGACCAGGAGACCCAUGAGGCAGAGCACAAUUGGCCCAGCGUCGUCCCGGGUAAGGGACGGUUUGGGCGGCCGGGAUUUCCUUUUCCCGUCAUGCUCUGGCGACUCCUUGUGGUGGGCCGGGUGCCUGCAAGCUGACUUCGGUCGUCAGUUGGACAGUGUUUCCUCCGACACAUUGGUGCGGCUGGCUUCCGGGUUAAGCAAGCAGUGUGUCAAGAAGCAGUGCGGCUUUGCAGGGUCGUGUUUUUGAGGACGCAUGGCUCUCAACCUUCGCCUCUCCCGAGUCCGUAGGGGAGUUGCAGCGAUGAGAUGACUGUAACUACCAAUUGGAAAUCACGAAAUUGGGGCAAGAAAAGGGGGUAAAAAUCAUAAUUUAAUGGAUACCCUGUUCAUUCUAAACUGGUUAUGCACCCUCUGUGAGACAACCAAUAUUUAGACAACAAGCAGAUACAACUCAACCAUUUGUUUCUUACAGUUUGGGAAGACCAUGUUAUUUUGUCUUAUCCUGGGUAGGUGGUAGUUGGUUUUGAUUGAAUUGGGGCUUCAAGUCAUGGGCUAGUUUAUGAAAACAGUUUUUAGCUUUAUCUAUCCAUCCUAUUGAAUCAAUCAGGUUAUAGGUGGUUAAGAGCGCUAAGCCAGUAACCGAAAGGACGCUGGUUCGAACCUGAGCGGACUAGGUGAAAAACCUUCAAUGUGCCCUUGAGCAAGGCAUUUAACCGUAAUUGCUCCUGUAAGUUGUGCUGGGAAAGCGCGUCUGCUAAAUUUACUAAAUGUUAGGUUCACAGACUUAUCAACAUCCACACAAUAAGGGUAUUCACUAUUUAGACUACACAUUUGAAUGGAGAGUUAGUCCCAGUUCACAGGGGUUAAUUGAGAAGGCAAUGUACGUGUGUGUGAUACCGGAGCGUCACUCCUUAAUGAAGCGCGUCCUCCUUGAAGGCAAGGCAGAGCACAUGACUAGCCCGAGGUACUGUCAUGUGAGCGUCUCGGAGGACGGCAUUAGAGGAAGUGAGGAUGCCCUCAUUAGCACCACAUCUGGGCCCAUAUUACCUGUAUCAUACAGCUGUGUCUCCACCAUGGCAACCUCAGACAAAUGCCUCACAAACCUGGCAACCCAGGACGGUAGCGACAGUGGCUCAGUCUCAAUUAGUCUUUCCCUAUAUCCUCGGCUCCUUUUUAACCGUAUUAAAGGAGAAGGUCCAAAGUCACUCCACUCAGACCUUCUUCUCCAAUGUGUUUUGAGAAGGAGGCGAGGGAGCAGAUGCAAGGAAUCGAAGGCAAGAUACAUUGAGAAAGAGCCAGUGAGAAUACAUCUGGCUAAGGCCUACUGGCUGUGAGGUGUUUGCUCACCUGUUGCUGCUGUAAUCUGGCAGGCUUACUGCUGGCUUGUCCACACCAAAACACCCUGGACCUGAAUACACGCUCCCUUAUGAAAGGGUUCACCAGGGUGAGCUGAGAUGUUCUGUCGGUGUCUCAAGGCCAUUUCACCAAGCAGGAUCAAUAUUCUUUCAGCAACUCAACAUUUUCUAGUACAGCAGACGACUCUGCUGCAUGACAUUAUCAUAUAUUAUCUCUGUCGUAAAGAAUUAAUGAAUGCAGUCAUUUUCUGUCAAUGGCUUCAUAGGAUGAUUCCAUGAUGAUGCUGUCUUAUGAUCACAGCCACCUAAUCAUCCUGUGCUUCUAAUUAGCCCCAUUCAACCCACUCACCUCCAACACAAUUCUCCCCCAGGACAUUGGUGUAGAAGACAAUGUAUUUUCAAUCCACUUACAUGGCAAAGGGACGAUAAAUGAAAAGAUUACAAUCUUGACAUGAUUAUGCAUGUAUAGUGCACUGCCUUUGCAGAAGUGUAGCCUAGAACAACAUUAUGUAGUCGUGUUAUCCAGGCUUGUGUCAAAAAUAAUCUUGCAUGAAAUGAACACAAGUCAAAUCACACCCAGUAUUACUAAGGCCUGCAACUUUUGGUGUUUUAAUACAGAAAUGUCAUGCAAUAGAUACAGUACCAGUCAAAAGUUUGGACACACCUGUCAUCAAGCAAUGGGUUGCUACUUUGAAGAAUCUAAAAUAUAUUUGUUUUGGUUACUACAUGAUUCCAUAUGUGUUAUUUCAUAGUUUUGAUGUCUUCACUAUUAUUCUACAAUGUAGAAAAUAAUAAAAAUAAAGAAAAACCCUGGAAUGAGUAGGUGUGUCCAAAUGUAUGACUGGUACUGUAUGUAGACAUUAAUACUAUGCAAGAAUAGACAGGUAGGUGCACUCUAAAUCAGAUCUACCCACUUUCUCUACUUAGUGGUUCAAGGGUCAUAAUAAUGUCUAACUCAGGCAGUUUGUCGUUGUCUGCAGCGCUGGUGUGGCCGAAUGCAUUUGUCCACAUUCAACAUUCGAAUGCAAACCAUAUUCAAAGGUAGCCAGUGUUGUCUUUGUUAUUUAAAAACCUAAUGUUUCACGCGUGCCAAGUCUAGCUCUAGUUAGUUCUUCUCGAAUGCCGUGUCUCUGUCGGAGAUACCAGUAUAUAUGGAGACUAAUCGUUUACUCCUGUGGACAAAACAUGAAGUUGAACCUGGAUGAAAACAAUUGCAUUGCUUUUAGGUGGAGUGCCAUCUCCACAAGGGAAGUCCUAAUCAAGGUCUUACUCAUCAAGAUCCCAUUUUACACACAUGUUUUACGUUACAUUCUGGGUGAACUUGGCUUAAAGGUUAAGUAUAAGUUACAGGUUAAGUAUAGGUUACAGGUUGACCACUGUAACUUGUAUUCUGUAGUGGAAAUUCUAAAUAAAUAAAAUGACUGCUUAUCAACUGAUCAAGUGACACUUUUUACCAUAUGGCUCAUGCUGGUUAGGGGUAGGUCUGGCUAGAGAGAGCUGAUCCAGAAUCAGUGGUUGCCUUAAAUGCUGGCAGAUGUUUUCCCCUCUGCCUCUUUGUCUCUGACUGUGUUGAUGUUUGUGAGGUGUCUGGAGGGUGCAGGCGCACCCCUCCCUGUCCCAUUUGGUGGACUUAUUUUAGGCCCGAUCUUCUCACCCACACAGGCGGAGGAGACAGGAGAAUGGUCUCGACGGAUGAUAAAGGACAGGGGGCCAUUCUCGCUCUCUCUUUUAGUUUUUUGCUCGCUCGCUACUCCCGUUCUAUCUGACUUAGAGCUGUUCUCUCCUGCUCUCCCCCAUCUUAUUCUGGUUUUCACUUUUCCCCCAUCUCUCUCUGUCACAGACAAAUACUCACUUAUUAGUCUCUCUACAGUCUGUUCUCACACCCAUCUGCCAAACCACCAGAUCCACCCAUCUGUGAAAAACACACAUCAUCCUCCUCUCUCUCCGUCUGUCUCGUUCGCUCUCUCCCGCUCCCUCUCUGCCAGUCAUUGUGUCCAUUCAGUCUAAGAAAUGAAGUUAAACCCCAGAUGCUUUUGCAAAGUACUGGACUGUUAGGGUGAGACAGUGUUUAUUUUUUUUUAGACUAGAGUACAAGGCAAAGAAAAGGGGCAGCUUGGUCAGCCAUCACUAGAGGGCCAAUUUAUGAACAUACAUUUUUUUGCCAUUGAAACACUCAUUCAAAAAAACAUAUGCCUUGUUUGAUACCACAAAGGAAUGGAUACUGACAUUUUCUCUUAGUUCUUAAAGCAAACUGACUUGUAGUUUAGUUUAUUCAAAUUUACAUCAAAGGCAACAUUUCGGCGCAGACUCCUCAACCAUUGCGAGAACUAGUUUUCCCUAUAUCGUUACCAAGCUCGGUCGAAGUGGUAGUCCGAGGGGCUGAUUGGCACAUAUUCCCUUUUUGGCUUUCAACACUUCCUGCUUUGGACCCAACUCCAACAUGGUGGAGGUGCUUGUAAACGUUGAAAUUGGGUGGAAAAAAGGGUGAAGGAUGGGGGCCUUUUUAUUUAAAAAAUGUAUAGGCCACUUCUGACCCACUGUCACUAGUUGUCUGGCAGUUGCAUUGCACUGCACUGUGGGUCUUGUAGUACUCUUGUCUUAAGCCAUCUUUCUUUAGCCAUGACAACAUGUGAACCUUGACCCCUGACCUCUUGUUCUGUCUGUCUUUCAGCGACUUCCUGAUUCUGCCGGGCUUCAUUGAUUUUACCUCAGACGAAGUGGUGAGUAGUCCUCUCUUCUCCUCUAUGACUGUCAGACAUUCCAGAAAGCUAAGACAAUUCAAUGUGGGUUUUGAGCGACAGACUACCCGUCAACCUACCUUCAGCCUACUGUUCUGUUCAUGGGCUCAAUUCCAUUUUGUUCUGAGACCCUCUUCCCUAGCCCAUUCCUCUUCAGUGUUCGCCUAUAGAGUAAUGGGUAGGUGCAAGCCAUAUGAUGAAGGCUGCUCUUAGCCUGUUGGAGAACUGGAUAGUGAACACCAAUCUGGUUCUUCCAGAUCUCUGAACACUACAGGUAUAAUGACUAGGGGUCAAAAUGGAAGUCCCUUAGACUCUUGCACCAAGUGGGAGCAGUAAAGCUUCCUACUCAUUCCUUACUAUUUCAGCAGACACUCCUUGCCACAUCCGAAACCAAAGCCUUUUUACAGUACACUGUGUCCACACAGAUGCACGAACAACCCUCUGCAUUCAAAGCCAAAACCUCAUUCUGUAAUUGCAGCUUUUCCUAAAAUAAUUUUUUGCUCUCAGCUUCCUUCGUCAUCCCUAACCUCCUAGCCACCCUAUUUUUACCAAGAUGGCCUCCCACGCCUGGUCUCUCUCUGUCUGUGUUUAUGGUUGUGCCUGGUUGGUUGGUUGCUCACUCUUCUCUCUCAGGGGAUGACGUGAGCGUUAAUCUCAGGCUUUAUGUGAAAUCCCCCUGCCCUUCUCGCUUGUCCAUCAGGGUUUUUUCAUCUAAUUGACAUCUCUAAUCACCAGUUUUUUCAAAUAAAAUCCAGACUAGAACACAGCUCUUGUUGCUGUGGAAGGCGCCUGUCUGCGUUGUUGCUGUGGCGUUGUGGGUUGUCUCCAUAGGGUUGUAGUCUGGCCUAUUUUCUUGACGGUUAGGAAGCGGAUUCACACUGAUAACUUGGACGAGCCUGUGUUUGCCUCAGUCUCAACUGAAUACAGUCAAAGUUCAUGCAAUAAUGUUUGUUCAGACUGUAGUCUAAAAUAGAUUUCUCCCCCUCCCUUCCGCACAGGGAUGUUUUAUAAGUGUGAGGUGGGCCUCCGUUUGGUGUUGCAAUGGGGAAAUUAUUCAAAUCAAAUCAAAUUUUGGGAAAUUGGGGAAAUUAUUGUUGGUCACACCAUGUGCAGAGGUGGUCUCUCAAUUUUAAAGGUUAGCCCUUUGUAGAAUGUAGCAGGGUAGUGCAGUUGAGCUGCCAAAGUGUCCAGUCAUUUCAGAAACACAACAGUCAGUCUCGGUACGAUAUGGCAGUUUACAUUUGCCACAGAUAAGGGAGGAAAGCUCUUGACGUUAGUCAUUGAAAGCAUGCUUGGACCAAAAGCUGUAAUUUUCCAAACCACAUAGGACAAACGGGCUUGUUGGUGCAUGUCUGCACCCUAGUGGACAACUGCGAAAGCAACCUUUACCAUUACAAGCAAUGCUGGCCAAGGUUCUCUUUUCUUCAUGAAGUAAAUUACCUACACUCUGUAUUAGAAAUGAAACGAUAUUGAGUAUAUUUCCUCAGUGUGGACAUUUACACUCACUGCAACACUCUAAUAUUAUCUAGUGUGCUGGUUGCAUUUUGAAUGACUUAUUUCCUGAACAUUUAGUGGGUUAUUGAGCCAAGAUGUCCUCCUUCCUCUCUCUACCAGGACCUGACCUCUGCCCUGACCAGGAAGAUCACCCUGAAGACGCCUCUCAUCUCCUCCCCCAUGGACACAGUCACAGAGUCAUCGAUGGCCAUCGCCAUGGCGGUAAGACCUUGCCGCCUGACACGCGAGCCAGUAAAAAAAUUAAUGUAUAUAAUAAAUAAAAAGUGUCCACUAAGCUAGAAAUUAUUGUGCGCUUUCCACAUCAGUCACAUCCAAAGUGUGUUUUGUUGCUGGGGGAAAAAAGUACCAUAAACAGUAUUGCGGCUCCCAAAAGUGAUUUCUACUUGUCGGGGUGUUUUUUAAUGCCUUUAGCUCAUGGGAGGCAUCGGCCUCAUCCACCACAACUGCACUCCUGAAUUCCAAGCCAACGAGGUCCGCAAGGUUAAGGUAAGACCCCAUAAACACCUAUGAAAACAUUCUGCCUACUUAAUAUUUACCUUUUAUGGUCUGUCAAGUCAUAUACCUUUGUAGUUAACCGCAUAUAGUCAUGUAUUUACUUGCAUAAUUUUAAGUUGAUUGGUAUUAAUUAAUUUAUCAGCUAUUGGGUUGCAGUGCACCUAUGCCCGUGAUAGUGUAUUAACCAGUAUAUUUGCUGUUUGUCCAGAGGUUUGAGCAGGGCUUUAUCACAGACCCUCUUGUGAUGAGCCCGCGUCACACAGUGGGGGACGUGUUCGAGGCCAAGACACGCCACGGCUUCUCUGGCAUCCCCGUCACCGAGACUGGCAAGAUGGGCAGCAAGCUGGUGGGCAUCGUCACCUCCAGAGACAUCGACUUCCUCUCCGAGAAAGACCACAGCCGACCGCUGGAGGAGGCCAUGACUAAGAGGGAGGAGCUAGUGGUGGCCCCAGCCGGUGUCACCCUGAAAGAGGCUAACGACAUUCUACAGCGAAGCAAGAAAGGUGAGCCAGUCGGUACAGUCUGUCUAGGAGGCUAUUGUCGCCUGUUUUCUGGUACAGUGUUCUAUUGUAUAAUCCUCUACUUAUUAUUGAUUUGAUGUUCUUUGGUUUGCUGUACAAUGUCAUUUAUGAAACCACCUGUUUUAGGUUAUGUGGCAGAAUUACUUGGUCACCUGCUUUGGUUUGCUGUACAAUGUCAUUUAUGAAACCACCUGUUUGAGGUUAUGUGGCAGAAUGACUUGGUCACCUGCUUUGGUUUGCUUUACAAGGUCAUUUAUGAAACCACCUGUUUGAGGUUAUGUGGCAGAAUUACUUGGUCACCUGCUUUGGUUUGCUGUACAAGGUCAUUUAUGAAACCACCUGUUUGAGGUUAUGGGGCAGAAUUACUUGGUCACCAAAAUCUCUUUCUCCACCCCUCUCCUCCCACCAGGCAAGCUGCCCAUUGUGAACGACAGUGAUGAGCUGGUGGCCAUCAUCGCCAGAACAGACCUGAAGAAGAACAGGGAUUACCCCCUGGCCUCUAAAGACUCUCGCAAACAGCUGCUGUGCGGAGCCGCCAUUGGCACCAGGGACGACGACAAGUACAGACUGGACCUGCUGAUGCAGGCUGGGGUCGACGUGGUCGUACUGGUGGGUUCGGGGAUUGAGGUUGGGGUACGGUUGGGGUUAUGGUUAGGAUUCAGAUGGGGUUUAGGUUGGGAUCCGGUUGUGAUUGGGGUAGGUGGGACGGUUGGGUUAGGGGUUGACCUGUUCAUGCAGUUUAGGUGGACAUGGUGGUUAUGGUCGAGUUACAGUUGGGUUACAGUUCUAAAUAGCGGUAGACCACAUGGUACUGCAGUGCAGACAUGAAUUGUUUUCUCUCUCUGUUUCUGCAGGAUUCCUCACAGGGCAACUCUGUGUAUCAGGUCAACAUGAUCAACUACAUCAAACAGAAGUACAGCGAGCUGCAGGUGGUGGGAGGGAACGGUGAGAGAGUGUGGAGCGCUGGGAAAGGAUUUAUCACUAAAUGGCAAUUCCACCCAUCCAGUUGUUGUAGAUCUUUGAGGGGCUAUCAAGAUCAGUCUUGGGAAAUGUUGUUUAUUCAAUUGAACGUCUGUGGAAAAAUACAGUAGACACUUACACGCUACACCUUUAUUUUCCUGCAUCCUGAUGAUGUGGUCCUCUGUAGCUCAAUUGGUAGAGCAUGGCGCUUGUAACGCCAAGGUAGUGGGUUCGAUCCCCGGGACCAGCCAUACGUAAAAAUGCGACUGUUAGUCGCUUUGGAUAAAAGCGUCUGCUAAAUGGCAUAUUAUAUUAUAAGUUGUGUGUUGUCUCUUGUAGUGGUGACGGCGGCUCAGGCCAAGAACCUGAUCGAUGCAGGAGUGGAUGCUCUGAGAGUGGGCAUGGGCUGUGGCUCCAUCUGCAUCACCCAGGAAGGUAGUGACCCCACCUCCACACCCUGAUACUAUCAAUGUUACAGGAUCAAUUCCAAUCUGAAUGCAAGAGAGGAUUGUUGGUGGAUUUGAUUUGAAUCCACUUGCAGAAUUGACUGAGUUAAAAUGGAAUUGACCCAACCCUGAAUGCUACACCUUGAGUGCAAUGUGCUAUUGGAAUUGUAGUAUUGCGACUAAAUCUUAUGAUAUGAGUGUAGUGAUAUUAAAUAGAAAUGUGAAAAUAUGCAUAGGAUUCCAUCUACCCAUAGUAGCUGGCUUUGGAUCAGUUCUAAUUUAAGGUCAACCACUGAAGCUACACAGCAAAACUGGAGAAAGAUCAGAGCAGCGAGUAACUAACCAAGAUGCUACACUGGUUGCUAGUCUGUGUUGUCGUGGUGAUUUAUGAAGGCUCUGCUCUCGGUUACCAUGGCGAUGACUUUCUCCACAGCAUUAUGUUCAGCAAACGUUUUCAAACGCAAUACAAACAUACUUAUUGGAAGAACUUAGACAUAUUCAAUUAUUACAUUUUUUAAGUGAACACAUCGAUUCUGAUAAUACUACUUCUGUAAAAAAUCCAUCCAUCGUGCACAACCGAACAUCGCCUGACUACACCUGUCAUAGGAUAUGAUAUGAUGCAUUUCCUGUCUCCGUCUCCUGUAGUGAUGGCGUGCGGGCGGCCUCAGGGCACUUCGGUAUAUAAGGUGGCAGAGUAUGCUAGACGUUUCGGUGUGCCAGUCAUCGCCGACGGGGGCAUUCAGACCGUGGGCCACGUGGUCAAGGCUCUCUCACUCGGGGCAUCGACAGGUACCUUUCAUUCACUUAUUAAUUAAUUCACUCUUUCAUAGUCAUUCAUUCAUUCUCUUUCAUUUUCAUGCAUACAUUGUCAUUCAUGCUUCCAUUGUCAUUUAUUCACUCACUCACUCAUUCAUUCAUUAACUUACUCCUUCAUUCACCCCUUUAUAACAUGCAGUAGAUCCAUGUGGUUCAUUACAUAGGCUAGCAUAGGUCUAUAUCAGGGCUGUUCAUCUCCGGUCCUGGAGGGUCCAAACACUUCUGGUUUUCAUCCUCUCCUUCUAAUCAGGGACUAAUCCAGACCUGGGACACCAGGUGAGUGCAAUUAACUACCAGGUAGAAACAGAAACCAGAAGUGUUUCAGCCCUCCAGGACCAGAAUUGAACAGCCCUGGUCUAUAGUCUUACAGUAUCUUGAUAAUGUCUUUACAUUAGUUUUCUGUUCAGCACUGUUGAACUCAUGUAUAUUCCUCUAAUUCAUUCAUAGCUGAUUGCUGGUAAUCAAAGCUAAUGUGAAGAUAUCGAUGUAACAAAACACUAGCUGUACCGAGAAUUAGUUGGAGAAAUGCUUACCAACCAAUGACCUUGAGUUAUGACCUGUUCCGCCCCUCCCCAGUGAUGAUGGGCUCAUUGCUAGCGGCGACCACGGAGACUCCGGGGGAGUACUUCUUCUCGGACGGCGUGCGACUGAAGAAGUACCGUGGCAUGGGCUCUCUGGACGCCAUGGAGAAGAGCACCAGCAGCCAGAAACGCUACUUCAGGUAGGGAGGACAUCCCACACUAGUGCUGCAUCCCAAAUGGCACCCUAUUCCCUGGCCUAAUAUAGUGCACUACUUCUGACCAGGGGCCAUAGGGAAUAGGGUGCCAUUUGGGGUGUUGAUUAACUCUUGAUCAAACACGACUAGAAUUCAUAGGAGGGUUGAAAUGAAGACCAGGUAAUCUGAAUGAAGACAGUUGCUGUUAAUCGCUGAAUAAUCAAAUUAAUAUUUUGUUGAUGUUCGAGUCUGAUUAUAUACAUGUAUUCAUUGGUUUGUCCUUAAUUCAGACGGUUCACAUUGUGAUACAAUAUGUCAUAUGUAAGGGAUUUUCCCAAAACAAAUGAUGCCAAUAUUCCUGGGUUUAAGCUGUCUGACUGCUCUCAGUGCUCUGGUUGGAGAAUUUUCCUGUCCCAUCAGCAGUGUCUAAACUGUCUCUGUGUUCCGUCUGGCUGAUUCCACAGCAGUGUCUAACCAGUCUCCUCUGUGUUCUGACUGGCUGAUUCCACAGCAGUGUCUAACCAGUCUCCUCUGUGUUCCGUCUGGCUGAUUCCACAGCAGUGUCUAACCAGUCUCCUCUGUGUUCCGUCUGGCUGAUUCCACAGCAGUGUCUAACCAGUCUCCUCUGUGUUCCGUCUGGCUGAUUCCACAGCAGUGUCUAACCAGUCUCCUCUGUGUUCUGACUGGCUGAUUCCACAGCAGUGUCUAACCAGUCUCCUCUGUGUUCUGACUGGCUGAUUCCACAGCAGUGUCUAACCAGUCUCCUCUGUGUUCCGUCUGGCUGAUUCCACAGCAGUGUCUAACCAGUCUCCUCUGUGUUCCGUCUGGCUGAUUCCAUCAGCAGUGUCUAACCCGUCUGUGUUCUGACUGGCUGAUUCCACAGUGAAGGGGACAAGGUGAAGGUGGCUCAGGGUGUGUCCGGCUCCAUCCAGGACAAGGGCUCCAUCCAUAAGUUUAUCCCCUACCUGAUCGCUGGCAUCCAACAUGGCUGCCAGGACAUUGGUGCCAAGAGUCUCACUGUUCUACGGUGAGUUGUGUGUGUGUGUGUGUGUGUGUGUGUGUGAGCGAGAGAAAGGUGAGGGCAAGAGGGGACCAGUGUGUGUGUGAGUGAGCUCUGAUAGUAAUGUGUGUUUCCACAGCUCCAUGAUGUACUCUGGAGAGCUGAAGUUUGAGAAGAGGACCACGUCCGCUCAGGUGGAAGGAGGAGUCCAUGGGCUUCACUCGUAAGUUGGACUCACUCUCUCUCACACACACACACACACAGUGUGUGUAACAGUAGUAGAUAGUCAUGACUUUUCUGCAACUGAUAGUGUUGAAACUCUUUCUUAGACAUCAGUGUCUUUCUUUCUUUGUGUCUUUCACCAUAGAUAUUAUUUUGUUCCAUGUAAGUACAUGUACAUAGCACUGUGAAGUGAAGGGGUGUGGCCUAGGGGAGGGCCCCACAUCGCCAUUUGCAUGUAGCACAAUUGUCCACUUGUUUCUAAAUGAAUGGCAAAGUUUGAUCUUUUUGAUUAAAUUAUCCAGGUGGGAAAUGUAAAGCUUACCAUUUAGAUAAGUGCUUCCCAUCUUGAUGUUUGAAUCUGGCAACUUGCCUUUAAGGACGUCUAAUAUGGCGAUGUGACGUUCCCUUUCAGAUUAUUACCUUGUUAGUGGGAGGAGGGGUGCUCGCCAUUACGCAGUUCAUCUUUGAAUGGGGAUGGACUAUGGGAAGCUUUGUUAGUCUCCUCUCUCUGUCCACUAGACUCUUUCCCUCCUCUCCUUCCCCAGUUAUUCAUAGGGCAGAUAAGCCUGUAAUAAAUAUACUGGCAGAUGAUAGGGGAUUGAAUGGGAUUUGUCAAUCUUUGUUUUAUAAUUGAAUCAGUAUGACAUUGCUUAGACAGAUUGAUAGCUGACGUAGUAUGAAAGGGUCAUUGAUAAGUUCUAUCCAGUUGUUUUAGAGCAGGUAAUAGGAAUUGUUGAUUUGUCAUUGAUCACUGAUAGAUGGUAUCAUUAUUGUGUUUUUACGAUGCCCUUUCUCUGCAGUUACGAGAAACGACUUUACUGAUGGAGGGGCCAGAAAGAAGCGGACUAGGGCCGCCCCCGACGUCCCCACCCCCGUUGUGACCAAACAUAACCGCCACAUC